UUUCAUCGAUGCAAGCACUAGGCGCCAGUUGUGCAAUGCAGACAGACUUCCACGACUCCACCAGUACUUGAAAGCUAUCUUCCCAUCAAUAGUUAAUUAAUUACCAGCCUAUGCAAUAACCAAUGAGGAGAGACAGAAAUGGCAGAAAAAUAUUAAUCGAUCACCAGCAUCACGACUACUGGAAGACUUCUACGGCGACUGCAAGGUCCAUCAGCACAAAAUAGCAGUAGCUACUUUCCACAGCAAAACAGCACCGCCAACCGCAAGACUUUUUUAUGAUGACUGCAAGGUGAGAUCUCUCCAUUCUCUGAACUCAACAUUUUGAAUUUGAAGCUUCUGCUAAUUAUGACCAUUUUGUACAGUACUCUGUUCACACAUUGGAAGACUGUUUUAAGAGUUGACAUCAAUUAUCAGCAGCUUAUGCUAAAACAACUGUUGGAGAGCUUCAGAGAGAAGAAAGAGAGAGAAUAUAUAAUGGCAUCACAGCUACUGAAAGACUUCUAUGGCGGCUGCAAGGUAGUUAGAUUAGGUAGGACUGUUAGAGAGGUUCAAAGAUAAACAGCUCGUCAGCACAACAUAGCAGCAAUUACUCUCCACAGCAAAAUAGCACCGCCAACCCCAAGACUCUUACGACGAUUGCAAGUUGUAUUUGAAGCUUGUGCUAAUUAAGACCAUAUAUAGUUGGAGAGUUUAAAUAGUUUGUGCAAAUAUUUAGAGAAGGAUGACAGAAGCUGCUGUGGGUUCUCUGUUGGAGAACAUGGUGCAGCUGAUAAACUCUAACAAUGAAUUGAUUCUUAAGGCUUAUGAGGAGAAAGUCAUUGAGAAGGAACAUAUCGAAUCACUUUAUGAGGAUAUGCAAUUCCUACUGAAGUUUCUGAAAGAUUCACGGCCUUUCAUUCCCUUGUUUUUUCAAGGCACACCCGUGACCAGAAAACGCCUUCGUGAUCAUGAAGAGCUGAAAAGCAUUGUGUCAAAGAUUAGAGACGUCAGUUACAAGACAGAAGACAUCAUCGACUGGUUCCUACUCAAAACUGUCAUCUUGCAGCAGAGAGAUGGAAGAAGCACGGCUUCUGAUUUUGAUCCCCUCAUGAUCAGUACUUCAUCCAAGAAUAUUUUGGACAAGGCUCAGAAAAUCUCCGAGAGCUUUAAACAUAUGGUAGAAGAAAUUAGUUCUAUCCAGAAAUGCAAGACAGAGGUAUUGGGAAUGCUCUCAUGGCUUCAGUCUGACAUGGCUCAUAAAAUUUGUGAUGGCUUUGGCGGUGUCAUAGAAGAGAUCAAACCUAUCAUAAAAGAGGCGAUGAAUAUUCUUCACAAGGGAUCGAGUCUCCGAUGGCUAAAGACUAAUGUGUUUGCUGAAGGUGAUUGGUGGAACAAUCGGAACGUGGCUUAUAGACUCAAUGGUUACUUCUGCCAAUUGUUCGAAGAGAAAAUUCGUGAAGUUGAUCAUCUCCUCCUUAAUAUGUCUAGUGAGAAAAUUCCCCAAGGCGGCUUUGGUGGUAUCAUAAGAGAGAUCAAGCUUAUCAUAAGACAGGUGCUGGAGAAUAUUGAUAAGAGAUCCAUGAGCUUGUGUCUCAAGUUUAGCUUGCCUGCGAAAAUAGCAGGCCUCUGUCAUUUGUCCUUAAAAAAAAUUGGAGAAGUUGAGCACCUUCUUAAUUCGUCCAGUAAGGAAAUUCAUUCUAUAAAAGAGAUCAAGUCUAUCGUAGAAGAGGUGAUAGAGAUUCAUGAGAAUUUAUUCCCAGAUAUGAUACGGUGGUCCGAUUUUUCGCUCUACAAUGAGAAAAUUAGUCCACUUUUUAUUCGUCUGUCCAGAGCAAACAUUUGUAAAGUUGGUCUCCUGUAUCAUGAGUCCGCUGAGGUACCUUAUGAAUUUGAUCGCCUCUAUAGAUUUUCUACACUUUUUUCGUACCUGCCUAAAAAAAUUUGUGAUUGCCACGAUAUAGACACAAGUGAUUGGUCUCAAUUUUGCUUGGCUGAAGACUAUCGUCAUCUGUUCAGUACGUACGAAGCAAUGAGUGUCUUGGGUGAGAAAAUUCGUCAUAUCUUUGGCAGCAUCACAGAAGAGAUCAAGCCUAUCAAGACAAAGGUAAUGAAGAUCUAUGAGAAGGGAUUGAGUAACCCGUGGAUUAAUUCUCAAAUGACUCGUGAAUUCCUUCUCCUCCUCAAUUUGUCCAUAAAGUUGGUGGACCUGGCUGAGGAACUUUCUCAUAGCUUUGGCAGUGUCAUAGAAGACACUAAUUCUAUCAAGACAGAAGUGAUGAAGAUUUACCAACAGGGUUUGAGACUUUCAUGGCUUGAAUCUGUUAUGCUUGAUGAAAUCCAUAAAUGGUUUGCCAUUGUCACUGAAGAGAUAAAGUCUAUUAAGAGAGAGGUGAUGAAGAUUUAUGAGAAGAAAAUGUACGGCAUCGGAGUGCUGCGAGGUGAGAAGUCUUCUCAUGGAGAUUCAUCAAUACCCACCACCUUUAAAGUCAAGGAAGAAUUAAUAGUGGGAUUUGAUGGUGAAACAGAAACAAUAAUGGAACUGCUUAAUCAACGACAUGAUUCACGUCUGAAAGUAAUACCAAUCAUCGGGAUGCCUGGACUCGGUAAGACCACUCUAGCCAUGAAAGUGUACAACAAUCCUCUCAUUCAAUAUAAGUUUCCUAUUCGUGCAUGGACACAUGUAUCUCAAGUAUACUGGAGGAGAGAUUUGUUACUUAGAAUUUUGAGUUCUGCAGAUAUCCAGCUUAAAGGUAAAAUUGAGAAAAUGAGUGACGAAGAAUUAGGUGAAGGACUGUACAAAAGGCUAAAAGGUCAGAAGUAUCUCGUCGUCAUGGAUGAUAUAUGGGAGUUGAGGGCCUGGAAUGAUAUCAAAAGAUAUUUUCCAAAUGACAACAAUGGAAGCGGAAUUAUAUUCACUAGUCGGCAUGGAGACGUGGCUUUAUCUUUGCCUGCUGAACCUCACUACUUGCGGUUUCUAGAUUCAGAUGAAAGUUGGGUUCUGUUACAGCAAAAGGUAUUUCAGGGAGAUAGUUGCCCUCAGGAGUUGAUUGCAAUCAGAAAGCAAAUUGCCAAAAAAUGUCAAGGACUACCACUUGCAAUUGUUGUAAUAGCUGGACUUCUCACAAAGGAAGACAAAACACAAACCAGGUGGAGGCAUGUUGCUGAAAGUGUAAGUUCAUACAUUGUUACUGAACCUGAGCAAUUCAUGGACACACUAGCACUGAGUUACAACCACUUGCCUUAUCACUUGAAACCAUGUUUCCUCUAUUUCGGAGCAUUCCCUGAAGACUAUGAAAUUCCAGUUUGGAAGUUAAUAUGGUUAUGGGUCGCUGAAGGAUUUAUAGUGCGAAAUCAACAAAAAAGUUUAGAAGCAGUAGCGGAGGAUUACAUGAUGGAACUAAUUGAUAGAAGUUUAGUGAUUGUUUCCAAGAAAAGGUCUAAUGGUGGAAUUAAAACAUGCCGUGUUCAUGAUCUCUUGCGUGAUUUAUGUUUGAGAAAAGCUCAAGAAGAUAAUUUUUUAAUGCAAGUUUCGAGUUAUGAACGAACAUUUUCUUCUUCAAGUCCUACGGCAAAAAAGCAGCGUCGCAUUUGCAUCAGUACUCACGUUGAUUUUUAUAACAUACUUACUCUCUUUAAUGGAUGUGGUUAUUCAAAGCAUGGUGAUCCAGAGGUCCGCUCUUUCUCUUCAACUACCGAGUUACCUCUGUUUUAUCUUUUGUCAUUUUGUAGUGCCUUCAAACUUCUUAGGGUGUUAAAUAUAUCAUCGGUAAAAAUUUCCUCCUUUCCUGAAGGACUACAACUGUUAGUUCAUUUGAGGUAUUUAUCAAUUCAUAUUGACAAAGAAUAUUUUCAGCCAUCAGUAUUCAACCUCUGGAAGCUAGAAACCUUUAUUCUUGAAGGGGGGCCAACAGGUUGUGUAUCUUUCUCACAUGAUAUCUGGAAGAUGGUGAAGUUGAGGCAUCUAUAUACAAAGCAGUUUAUUGAAAUCCCUCAUGUACCCAAUGAUAACUAUCCUUUCAUGUUGGUUGACCUUCAAACCAUAUGUAAAUUAGAUCUAUGUGGUGUAGAUGAGCAAGUCUUGCGAAGGAUUCCGAAUCUCAGUAAACUAACAUGCUCUUUUAUGGAGUUAUUGGGAGGGAAUAAUAUCUUUCCUAAAUUGGACUUUCUAGUUCACCUUGAAACCCUGAAGGUAACUUAUGGUGGAUUUAGAGGACAUCUGGGAAGAUUUCCAUGUCUGGAUGAGUUUCCCCCAAAUCUCAAAAGCUUGACUUUAUCAAACUUCUGUCUGUCUUGGGAGGAAAUGUCGACCCUUGGAAGGUUGCCUAACCUUGAGGUCCUUAAAUUAUCAUACAAGGCCUUUGAGGGACCAAGGUGGGACACAAGUGUUGGACUGAUUCACAAACUCAAAUUCUUGAGGUUUCAACGCCUGGACAUCAAGCAAUGGAAUGCUUCUGGUAGUAGCUUUCCUGUCCUUAAGACAUUGGUAUUAGAUGACUGUAAACAACUCAAGGAGAUCCCAUCUGGUUUACGCGAUAUUUUUACAUUGGAGAUGAUUCUGCUCUGGUAUUGUAGCAGCCCCGCAGCACGCUCUGCCUGGCAAAUUCAAGAUUGGCAACAAAGAAUGGGAUAUGAUGGACUUAAGAUCCAGAUUUACCCUUGGAAUAAUGAGGAUGAUGAUGAAGAUAUGGAGGAUGAUGAAGAUAUGGGGGACAAAGAUGAUACAUGUCGAGGCUAAUCAUGAGGAUGACAAGAAUGACAUAGCAUUCAGUCACUUACAUAACUUACAUACUGUGUGUCGUUUGUAAUUUCAUUUUACUUUUACCAUCAUCUCAAGAUGAAUGGAAUCCAUUUCAUGGUAGCUUGAUUUCAGGGAACAUAAAUUUAGCGGGUAGGAUUUUAGUAAAUAGCAAGAGUACAGAGGUAUUUUGUU